UCCCAUCCCCCCCUCCCCCCUUCUAUUUCCUCAUUCCUCUCUGCGAAGAAAAACCUUAGCUUGUGCCCUCUUUUGAUCCCGCGCUGUCUCUAUUGACCUCUAGUGCAUAGCGUCUGGGAUCUUUUGGCCGUUUCAAUCCGGUACCUUUCUCAUCCCUGGCCUCGGAUGAAAAUAUUGCUGUUUUUUCUGAGAAAAUUCUGGACGGAGAUUAGUUUCGUGAAGAAAGUUUAUAACUUUUGUGGAUGUAUCGCUUUAUUUCGCUAGUUAAUCAAAUGCAUUCUGUGUCGAGAUAGCAAUCUCUGAGGCACUGAUGGUGGAGAAUUAAAAGAUCAAUUUUCUUUUCUUUCGAGAAAGAUUAGAUCUUUUUGGCUGUGAGAUAGCCUUCUUUAGGUUGUCAAAAAGUUCUUCGUCACGCACUUUAAUGGCCUGGAUUUACUUUUCUCUUACCGAAAGUUCUUACUGAUUGAAAUGGAAUUCGAGGGCCGAUAUUGCCAGGCUCAGAGGCCUAAAUACGAGUGCCUUCUGUUUGAUCUCGACGAUACUCUGUACCCUUAUAGUUCUGGCAUGGCAACUGCGUGUCGCAAAAACAUCGAAGAUUAUAUGGUCGAAAAGCUUGGGAUUCAGGAGACCAAGAUCCCAGACAUGUGUAAUUUACUGUACAAGCACUAUGGGACAACCAUGGCCGGUCUAAGAGCCAUUGGCUACAAUUUUAAUUAUGAUGAUUACCACGGCUUUGUUCAUGGAAGAUUACCUUAUGACAAGCUGAAGCCAGAUCCUGUUCUGAGACAUCUUCUGCUGGGCCUGCCAAUACGCAAAGUGAUUUUCACAAAUGCUGAUAAGAUCCAUGCUGCCAAAGCACUAAACAAGCUGGGGUUGGAAGAUUGUUUCGAAGGAAUUAUAUGCUUUGAGACUCUGAAUCCGCCAAGUGAUUCAUCUUCACCCUGCGACACAACAGCCACAACCAACAUCUUCGACAUCGUUGAGCAUUUCUCUCAGCCCGCUGCUGAUUCUGAGCUACCAAAGACACCAAUCCAAUGCAAACCAUCCAUAGAUGCGAUGGAGCAUGCCCUCAGAAUUGCAAACAUUAACCCUCAAAGAACGAUUUUCUUUGAUGACAGUGUUCGCAAUAUCCAGUCAGGCAAAGGCGUCGGUCUCCACACGGUACUGGUCGGCAAGUCACAUAGAGUUAAAGGUGCAGAUCAUGCACUGGAAAGCAUCCAUAACAUCAGGGAAGCACUGCCUGAGCUCUGGGAGGAGGCUGAAAAAUCAGAGAAUGUUCGAUAUGAGGGCAAGGUUGCGAUCGAGACAUCUGUGACUGCUUAAUGUUCAAUUCUUCCAUGUAAUUUCUAUCGAAUGAGAAGAUGUUGUAUGAUUUCAUGGAAGGAACUCAUCCUCAUGACCGAGCUCUUCUUAGUCUAUCCAUGUAAUUUUGGUUGGAGGAGGAGAAUUGUAUGGAAUGGGCAGGAAACCAUCAUGCUUCCCCCCAUUUUAUCAAUUGAUAUGCAUGUAACUAGUAUUCAGAAAUAAAUAUUUUUAUUUUCUCCAUCA